UGAUUCUGGUGUCAGUGUGUGUAGACAGUUAUUUCCUUUUUACUUUUCUUUUGCUUCCAGUGAGAAGGGCAUCAGAACAGCUGAGGGAAGGGUCCUGCCUGAUUUUAUGGUCUUCCAGGAAGGGAAGAGACAGACACUUUCGUUGUUGCUGGAUCUCUGGCUGCUGGGGCGAGGACCAUUGCGGGAAAUGUCUGACCCUGCUCUGGGCCUUGGCCCUGACCCCUGGCUGCUUGGCCAGGCCUCAUUGUGUGGACAGCCUGCUGAGGAGGCCAAUAAGGAGGCCCUUCUGGUUCAGCCAAAGAGGCUUGGGAAAAUUGCUGCAGAGGGAAGAUGAGCCACAGGCCCAGAUUUAGAGAACACAGACGGGAGGGCGGCAGGCAGCUCUGGAGCUCACUGGCGCGCUGUACCGAUGCUGUUUAUUGUUGAAGGAGAACAGCAGAGGGAGCCUUGCCUGCUUGUGCAAAAGAUGGAAACAGCACGUUGGAGCUGGAAGAACCUUUAGGAAAUCUGUUCAACAAACAUGUUUUGCAGACAGGAGCUCUUCUUCUUGGAGGUGGAUUAACGAGUGGGCAGGGUAUCUUUUCUCUUCUCCCAGAAAACAAGAUGCCAGUGUUUCCAGGUGCAUGCAUAUCCGUUUGUCAAGCACCUGCUACAAAACAAAUUGGUUCUGCCUGGGGAAUUAACCGAAUGGGAGCCCAGCUGUGUAAAUGAGUAUGGAAGAUUAUGAUUUCCUGUUCAAAAUUGUUUUAAUUGGCAACGCCGGUGUGGGGAAGACGUGCCUGGUCCGACGAUUCACUCAGGGUCUUUUCCCCCCAGGUCAAGGCGCCACAAUUGGAGUUGAUUUUAUGAUUAAGACAGUGGAGAUUAAUGGUGAAAAAGUCAAGCUCCAGAUCUGGGACACUGCAGGUCAAGAGAGAUUUCGGUCCAUUACCCAGAGUUAUUACCGAAGCGCCAAUGCCCUGAUCCUUACCUAUGACAUUACCUGUGAGGAAUCCUUCCGUUGCCUUCCCGAGUGGCUGCGGGAGAUAGAACAAUAUGCUAGCAACAAGGUCAUCACUGUGUUAGUAGGCAACAAGAUUGACCUGGCUGAAAGGAGAGAGGUCUCCCAGCAGAGAGCUGAAGAAUUCUCAGAAGCCCAGGACAUGUAUUAUCUGGAGACCUCAGCUAAGGAGUCUGAUAAUGUGGAGAAACUCUUCCUUGACUUAGCAUGCCGACUCAUCAGCGAGGCCAGACAGAACACACUGGUGAACAAUGUAUCCUCACCUUUACCUGGAGAGGGAAAAAGCAUCAGCUAUUUGACUUGUUGUAAUUUCAACUAAAGGCUGAAGCGAGGAGAAGCAAAAGGAAUCAGCAGCUGCCUUGAUGGGCCACAAGUUGCUGGAGAGAUCUGGCGAUGACUGUGGCUCCGGCUCUCGGACCUUCUGACUCCUGUGGGCUCCUGAGCUUACAAAGCGUGGCAGGCCAAGGGCCUUGUCCACAGGCCUGCGUUAGCAGAACAUACAAUGGUUUCACCCUUUUGCAGUCUGGAGUUGGAACAAGGAGAAAAUUGCACUAGGCACUCCAUGAUCUGCAGAGCAUGUUGCUUUUGUUUUUUUAAAAAGCAAGUAAAAGUGCAUUCCUGACAGCCCAGGGGGAAAUGUACUGUAGGCCCUCCUGCACGUUAGUGGGUGCAUGUGGGGCUGUUCUUCAAGGGCUUCAGCGGUAAUCUUCUAGUGGCCCUGGUGUUCUUGUCUACCAGAUAAACCCUAACUGGGAAGGCAAGUACUGUCUCUGUGGUGUGUACUGAUGACCCAUGGAGAUUUUGAAAAGUGUUAUUUCUUUUGUCCACAGGCACUUUCAAAAACUUUGGGAUGUAAAAAUGAAAUGAAACCUUUACCCAUGACCAACAGUAGCAAUCAUUGUUUUAAUAAUAAUUACAAGCUCCAUGAUUCCUUUUGGUGCUAAUGAUUCCACUACUUCACAGACCAAACAUUUUAGUAUGACACAUGUCCUUACAUGUAUCACCUAGAAUAAAAAAAAAUGAGGAAGUCCAUGAAUCAGAACUCUUUUUCAAAGUUUUGUUACUACCUUUUCUAGGCUAGAUUUGUUGGAAAAGAUAAUACUUUCUCUUUCAUGUUCCCCUUUAAAUCUGUUCUUUAACUUUUCUUCCAUUCUCUCAUCUUUCCUGACUUUUAACAAACAAAAGUUUGAAAAAUGAAAAAAAAAACAAACAAAUGGUUGAUGAUAUUCUCAGAUAAAACAUUAGUUCUAAGACAUUAUGAGUCGUAUGAGAAAACAGACCAGAUAUGACCAAAUACUGUGGAUUAAUGGACUGCAAAGCAGGGUUCCAAGCAGAGCACAGUCCUUGCUAACUGGUUACAUCUUUUACUUCCUGGUACUAGCCUUCUUGGAUAAACCAAGGCUUAGGAUUUUAUAGAUAUUUUUAGUAUGAUAAGUGAGCAUAGCAGCAGAUGAAAAGUCUCACAAACCAUUUUUGUAUCUUCAGUAACCUUAGAAAAGUUCUGCUUGUAGAAGCAGGUUGAGCUGUCAUUGACCCUCUCUUUGUAAUGUUACUCUCAGACUCACAACCAUACAUGCUUUCGUAUUUCUUUCUCUUUUCCUCUCUUUCUUGGUCUCUGCUUUGGAUCCUUCUUUCCUUUUCCCCUACCCUCUUCCUUCCCUCCCAUCUUGAUUCGCAUGCAUUAGUGCAAAUCUCCAAUUCAAAUGGAGGUGUAUAUGCCUUUUCUUAGCCAAUUUUAAAACAGGAUCAAAACGGAAGAUGUGCUGCUGAAUAUGUGUUCCUAUUUCUCCAGUGCCAUGCUUUGAAUUCUUCCAAUUUGUUCACUGAUAUAAUUGCAAAUUGGGAAAAUAAUUAAACCUGUAUGCUGUUGAUGCUAUCAGAUGUUUCUGUAGAUUGCUGCUUAGCAUAAAUGGGGGGUAAGAAAAUUUGGAUAUGAUACGUAAUUCUGCUGUUGCUGUAGAUGGUGACAAUCUUGGACCUGAUACGUUGAUGUCUGAGAGCUAUUUAAUUGUGAGGUAAUGAGUCAUAUAGUUGAUGGUAUUGAUAAAGCAUUUUCAACCUUUCUCCAGCAGAUUCCAGAAUGACCAGUCUCUUGCACAGGGGAUUAUAUAUAUUGUUUAGGAGUGGAUAUUUCUAAUUGGCCUCAUUGUGUUUUUCCUGGUUGUAUGGGAAAGAGGAAAGAGAUCCCAGAAGUUUGAAUUGUCUUUCUUCUAGAAUCUCUCUCUGUAGGAAAGAAAAAUCAUCUUAAUAAAAGACAAAAUAAUUUAUAAUUAUUCCUGCUUUUCCUCCACAUCUUUUCCACUAAGCCAACAGCUAAAGGUAUCAGAAAAUAAUCAAGUGAGCAGAAGAACUUAACUUUUUAAACUCUGAGGAAAUGGCCUAAUGUUUAAAUUUAUUACCUUUCUUUAGGGCAAAAAUCCAGUGUGCCCACCACAGAAUGACCCAAGUUUGUCUCAUAGAAGCAAAUGUGUUAAAAAUAAGGUCAUUUUGUGAACUUAAGAGAAGAUGGCUUUGUUAGAGUGAAUGAAUUAGUUCUAAAAUAAUAGCUUCAAGGCCACACUUGUAGUCUGGGGUUCUUACUCCCUAAGGCUUACCUCUGUCUGUCUUUGGGCAGACUCACAGAGGGCUUAGAGAGUUCUGUUCUUGGCCUCUUUAUUCUCUGUUACUCCUCCUAGUCAUUCUGUAGCUAACAGUCACCCGCCACGGCCCAUCUGCAGGCACGCAGGAGAAUGUGAGGCUUCCUUCCUUUUUUCACUAGUUACAUGAAUUUCAGAUUUGGCCUUAUGCACAUUUGUGCACUGGUGUACCUCAAGCUUGAUAACAAACCCUGAUAAGAUUGUAGGUGCAAUGUAGAUUGGCUAAACAAAUGAUCUUGUGUCAAGUGAGGCUUUUUUUUUUUUAUUAAAUAGAAAUUCCUGCAAGUAGUACGUGAGAUGACACUAAAUGAAGUUAUCUUAACAAAGGGCAGAACCUAAACCUAUUGGUUCUUAUUGUCAGGGCAAUAUUUGCUGAGAGGCACCUUCUUUAGAUAAAAACAGAUUCAGGGGGAUGAAAAAUGAGUUGCUUUAUCAUAAUUUAGUUGGGCUUGAGCUGACAAAACACAUUAUAGACAGUGUCUUUUUCCAUUUGGGGUGUGAUCUUUUCUUCUUUUAAAAAAGUUAUUAAACAUGGCAAAGCACGGUUCAGUUUCCAGUGAAAACACAUAUUCAUGUUAUAGAGUGAGGCCUGGGAAAAGGUUGUGAAAUCAGAUGAUUUGCUGAUAUUAAUUGUAUUAUGGAUUUGUAGGCUUACCUGCAAAGGAUUUUAUGCUUUCUCCUUUGCGUAUACAACAUGUAUGUUCCUGUGUGUUUUUAUUAGAUCUGUUGAAUUAUAUUAACAUUUAAUUUUUUAUUAUAUAGAGCCAACUAUCUUUUCUGCAGCUUAUUUAGGUUAAGCCGUUGGCUUUUCCUGGCCUUUCCUUCCCCUGUCUACUCGUCAUUUUAUGUUAACAUCUCUCCCUGAGUAAAGUGGUAAGGAAAUAAUUAAAAAUGAGGCUGAAGUGGGUUGACUAAACAGUGUGUCAGAUUGGGAUUUAGAGUUUAGUAGAGUAGAAACCACUAAGCAAAGUAAAGUCUUUGUAUGGGGUUAUUUUAAGCAGUUUAGAUUUGUUGGAGGAAGCGAGCAGAUCCAACAGAGGACUGGAUUCUUUGUCUUUCCUCUUCUAUUGAACAUAUACCUUGAAAGGACCUCUGACGUGGAUGGUUUACUUCAUCUAUCCUUUAAACUAUCCCACAAUCCCUCCAGGCCCAGCAUCAAGUUUUAGUUUAUAACUCAUUCUGAAUAAAUAUCAGAUGUAAACUAUUUUGAACUGUUCUUCUGAUUAGAGUGAAACAUUUUUUAAUAAACUAAGCCAGAGGGCAAUGUCAUAAUUAUCAGAUCAGACCAAUGACCUUCAAGAUAUUUCUUAAUCCUUUGGAACGCUGUACUUUAUGGUCAUAAAUACCUAUGGAUCACUUCCUCAUUAGCAUCUGGAAAAGCUCUUGGGUUUACCAUUUCUUUUUUCCAACAUUUUUUGUGGUGGUGUUGUUUAAAUGAGGUUGGCUGUUUACUUUCUUCAGCCAUGGUCUUGACAAGUGUGUUUUGAUGUAAUUGUAAUAAUACUUAACGAGAUUUAGCUAGAUAAUGAAAAGAAAUGAACAUUUACAAUUUACCCUUCUGACUACAUAUAUUCCACUUAAGUAGUGUAGUUAAACACUAAUUUGGGAAUAAAGGAAGAUGUAUGUUCUCUUCUUCUUCUUGGAUCUCAUUUCUGCCAGGAACCUGUUUGUGUUUGAAAGGAAAGCUGUCUUCCCUUGUAUUACACACACUGGUAAUUUCUUUAUACCGAAUUAUUCCUUCAACCCACCAGUACAGUAAUGCUGGGGAGAUGGCACUUCAUCUCCUUUCAUACGUUCUGUGAUAUUGGAAUGUUACACUCAUUCUUGGGGCCAGAUGUUGAAAUUCAAACAAAUUGAGGAAUAAAUAGCCUGGUGAAGAAAUUUAAAUUUUAAGAUAUUUGAAAAAUACUAGGAGGAUUGUAUGAGACUUACUCUGGGAGAAGGGAAUAUAACAAGGACAUUACAGCAAGAUGCUCUGUAGCUCGAAGAGGUGGAAUGAGGCUGACUGAAUAGAGGGCACAGAGCCGCAGGGUUAGGUCCUAUGUCAGGGAGAACUUCCUCAAAAACUUGGUUGCUCAUGGAAGGUUUCACCUCAAGCAAUAGCCUCUGUCAAGCAGAGAGCGGAUAGAAAAGAAUUUGGCAAAGAGGAUUAGGGAGGAUGCAGAUGUUGGCAGGGGAUUGGACUGCAUGGCUUAUUAACUUAAAAUUACAUACUGAGGUGCUUUGUCCCUCAUAACACGUUCAAUUAAGUAUCUGUUGACCCGCAGCUACUAAUUUUUUAUAAAGGGCUUUGCUUUCCCGCCACAGAUGCACCCACCCUUCUGGAAAGAGGUGGGUUAUUAGGCCAAGAGACUGGCCUGCUAUGAUGCCAUAAGCUGCCAUGCUUUGUCAGUCCAUUUGGUGUCUCGAAGAGAGCACAAACUAUUUCCUGAGUUGUUUUUAAAGGCGUCGUUAUAGUAGAAAUGAAAUAAUAAAAAUUAUACACCUCAGUUUAAUGAAUAAUGCUGUCUCUUCAGGAUAGGCCUUUUUGCAGAGCAGAAUCUUCCAUUAAAGAUCCCACAAACAAACCAACAUGAAGUUUUUACAGCUCCCGUGAGACAGGCUGGUGGGGUAUGGACAUAAAGUAGUCCUCAAGAUCUAUUUUAGAAAACCCUCAAUGACUCUUGGUGGGUUCCCUUCAUUCUCUUGAGAAAGUACACUGAAAAGAACUGAGUCGAAAUUGUUUUAUGUAGAAAGUAAUAAAACAUAGGUACAGUACUUGAUUUUUUCCCUUACAGGGCUCGGGAUCAAAUGCAGGGCCUUGUACAUACUAGGCAAGCACUGUAACUGAGCUACACUCCCAGGCCUUAGAUCUUUCAAUUAAAAUGAGAAUCUGUGAGCAAUUUUGGUAAGAAAGCCCAUGAUGCAAAUGCUUCCACCUGAAAAUAAUUUGCAUUCUUGCUUGGCUGAUAAAUGGUUCUUCAUUAGUUUUUUUUGUUGUUUAAGUCAUUGGUCUGCAUACUUGAGUUUGGGUGAGAACUGCUCCAAUUCCUUUCGUAAGAGUCACAUCACAGAGGCUGGUCAUUUCCAGAAGUUGUAUGAGUCAAAAUUUUACUUUCCCACUGGUUUAAAGAAUUUUUGGAGGUUCUGUUUUCAAUGCGUGGUGCAUCUUGUGGAGGUGGUGACUGACCUUCAGAGCGAUGCAGGGAGGUACAGAGAAGGGCAGACGCUGACUCAGGUUGCACAAACUAUCCGUGGCUUUAGGCAAAGCACAAUAUCUCGAGCAUCAGUUUCUUUCUCUAUGAGACAGACCUGACAGGAUUAUCGUGAAAUUCAGUUAAAUAAAUUGAAAGUACAGUGCUCAGUAAACAGUAAGGACUUCAAUAUCAGUUCUUUUUUCCUUAAUUAAGAAAAGACUGUGGAGCUGGAUGUGGUGGCCUGCGCCUGUCGUUCCUGUUACUUGGGAGGCUGAGGUGGGAGGAUCACUUUGGGAGCAGCUUUGGGCAGCACAGCAAGAUGCCAUCUCAAUAAGAUACAUACAUUUUGCAUAAUAUGGUGCAGAUAUUGGUACUUGAGGGACAAAAGAAAACCUUCCUGGCUUCAAAGAAAAGAACUCCAUUUUCAGAAGAGUUCCUUAAAAGGAAGUCAUCUAAUCUGCUUUGGGGCAUUGCUGUCAUCCCCCAGUUUCUUUACAUACUUCUGGAAGAUUCUCUCUGUUUCUGUCUCUCUGUCUCCCCCUCCCUCUUUCUCGGCAAUUCCAGGGUUGUAAACUCCUUAUUAUCAGGAAACUCAAUCAGAGAACUGAAAUACCUCACAGUACAAUUUAAACCUCUUUCUGGAUCCCAUUCUCUAUGGGAAGAAAAAUGGAUUGAUUUCUACUUUUUUCAGGAGCCACAUUUGCCACUUACUAAUUGCCAUUUUACCUAAUUUUUAAAAACCUAAUAGAAAAAGCUCACUAAUUGAUAAUCAUCAUUCCCUUGGUAACUGUCAGGACAGGUAGUACUUAUUAACUCCUACCUUCUUACUGGUAUCUGAUUUACAUCAUAAUCUUACUGUUGAGCAACGCUACAAUUAUACAUGUAGUUUUCUUCCUUUGUUAUACCAUACAGUUGAUCAUGAAGUAUGCUCCCGAAGAAUAAUUCUGAUUGUGUGGCUCUUGCUUCCAUCCUUCAAUAAAAAUGGCAUCAUGAAUCCCACUUACGUGAUACGGUUCUAGAAUUUAAUUUCAUAUGUGGUGUUAUUUGAUGAAUGUAGUUACCAACAUCUAAAGGGUCCCUCACCCCCCUCUCCCUGUACAUUACCUUCUGAAGUAAAAAUCAGUACCAAAUGCCUAACAAAAGCGAAUUUCAUGUACCAAAUAACAAAAGAAUAUGAUCAGAGUAACUUACUGGUUGACUGAACAGUGCACAGCUUUUGUUUAAAUUUAUACAGUUAUGCCUGGAUUAAGUAACAAUAAACUUGACAAGCCCUCUGAAAAACAGCUGCUAACAUAUUGCUUUCUGGAAUGUAAUCAUUAAGAAUAAAUAUUCUCAUGUUCUACUUAAUUACAGAAUGCUAGCGGAACUUUCCCGUAGACUAUUUGACAAUGAAUGACAAUAGGUUUACUAUAAAGAGUUUUAGUUACAAAUUUUCUGAUUUAAGACUUGCUGGGGAUCUCAUGUCUCUGUUGUAGAAAACUUCAAAUGACUGGAACGCUGGCUCUGAGUUUGUAUGCACUGCCGUGUCCUCUAGACUUAACAGAUAGUUGGCGCUCUUUUGAUGGUUGGUAUACAAAGAAGCUACACAAAUGUAUUUGAACUAGUGCAUGAGUAAAAUUGCUGUUUCCAGCAAAAAUUUUUUAAAAAUGCUCAAAAUCUCAGCUAAUGAAGAAUUAAGAGAGCAUUUUGAUAAUUUAAAGGGGAAAAAAAGUGUGCCCCAUAUGUAUUGUUGCACACACUUUAAUGCAUGACUUUUAGUAUAGGGAUGAAAUAAAAUGCAAAAAAAUAUAAUUUUGGAGAUCUCAGCAGCUAGUUAAAACAUUUACAGAAGCUGCUUUAUGGGGAUUUAAAGAAUCCUUAACCCCCCUCUUUUGUCUCUGUUAAAAGAUGGAUCUUUAACAUACAGUUUUAACACAUAGGUUAAUCAUUGAGUUUUAUAAACUCAAUUCUUAAUCUUUGGCUAUUGGUUUUAUGCAUAGGAUCUCAGUGAAAUCUGGUAUCAGUAUAUAAAAUCUAAGUAUCAGCUUCAGUAUAAGCAUAGUACUUGAUUUUAAAUGUUAAUAUGCAAAUAUUAACAGUACAAUGUAUGUUCUAUGUAUCCAUGUAGUACUUUUUUUACUUAACGAAAAGCUUGUUAGAAAUUUAAGCCACUGAUUACUUGAGUGCAAUUAGCUGAAAACAUUCUGUAGAAAAGCGAUUUAUGAAAAUUUCAACCAAUAUUUUAAAAAGGGGAAAUAGAAAGGGAAUAGGAACCUGAACAAAAUUUUUAAAAUAGAGCUGUAUCUAUCUUUUUAAAAAUUAAGAUAUAAUUCACACAUUACAUGCUCACUCUUUUAAAGUAUAAAAUUCAGUGUUUUAGUAUAUUCACUGUGUUGUGCAAUUCUAACUUCAGAACUUGUCGUCAUCCCUCCAAAAACUCUGUCCAUUAAGUGCAUCUGACAACAAGUAAUCUGCUUUCUGUCUCUAUGGACAUCUCAUAUAAAUACAUCCUACAACCUGUGGCCUUUUGUGUCUGGCUUCACUUAACAUAAUGUUUUCAAGGCUUAUCUUUGUUGUAUGAAUCAAUACAUUAUUGUCAUGGCUAAGUAAUAUUCCAGUGUAUGUAUAUAGCACACUUUAUUUUUCCAUCAACUGAUGGACAUUGGGUGUUUUCCCUUGUUGGCUAUUAUAAGUAAUGCUGCUAUAAAGAUGUAUGUAACUUUUUUAUGUGGGCAUAUGUUUUUCACAUCUCUUAAAAGCAAUUUGCUUAACAAAUUAAGUUAUUUGUAUUAAAUAGAAACGCUUCAUGUUCUAUUUGGAAAAUGGAACUUAUGAUCUUAGUUCAGUUAAUCACUUAGAAGACCCCCUCCAAUGUAUCAGUAAGAAUUUUUCUAUGAGCUCGUCUUUAGAUGUGAUUAAUUUCAUGAAGACUGCAGAAACUGUGUUGUCAUCAUGGAAUUUCUAAAGUCUUCUGCAUUGCUUUUUAAGGAUAGCUACAAGCAAUGCUGGAGAGGAGUACUCAUUCAGUCUUUCAGGAUUCGUGAAGGAGCAUUUUUAAGGUACAAUUUCUAUUAUAUACUGACUCUUUUAAAGUUUGGAUCUACCUUCUUGGAAAAAAAGAUUGUUAAAUUGUCAAACCACUUGAUUGUUCAUUGUAGCUUAAGCUUUUGUUACUAAGAAGUAAUUCAUAAUGAGAGUAAAAGUACAAAGAAUGUAUUUUGUCUGCAGAGAAUGAAUGUAUUUAACAAAAUUUUUAUUUGUAACAAUUUUUUUAAAAAGCUGAAUGGAAAUCGCUUCCCCAUGUACUUGUAUGUAAAUAAACAUUUCCUGCUGCCCA